AUGGUUGUUCAUAAUAUAAAAGACCGCACCUCCUUCGAAACUGCCGUCUCCACCACCACCACCGCCGCUGGUGCCGCCAGCAACGCAGCAACCACGGGCCAAAAGACCCCUCUCAUCGUCAUAGACUGCUUCGCCACCUGGUGCCCCCCAUGCAAGGCCAUCGCGCCCAAGCUCGUCGAGUUCUCCGAGCAGUACCCAAACGUGGGCUUCUACAAGGUCGACGUGGACGAGUGUCCGGAUGUCGCGCAGGAGCUGGGCGUGCGGGCGAUGCCGACGUUUGUUUUCUUCAAGGACGGACAGAAGGUCGACGAAGUAGUUGGGGCCGUGCCGGCGUCGAUUGUAGCGGUGAUUGAGAAGUAUGCCUCUUAG